AUGCAUCAGCCCGCGGCCGCAGUGGCGUGUCUCGCGGCGUUCGGUUCGGUGCCUCUGGCUGCUCGUGCCGCUGGCCCCGCUGGGUACACGUGCGGGGCUGUCAAGGACAUGUACAAGGAUGCGGGGUGCUGCGGCCAGCCGGAUGCAACCUUCGACGUCGCCAAUUACCAGAUCGUUCCAGCGCCAGAGACCAGCGUCAUCACCUCGACCAACAUGUGUGAAGGCACCAAGCCGACGGCUUCUGGCUUUGAUAACUUCGACUGCGCCGACGCGAUCACCAGUGCCAUCGAGCAGGCCGGCGCCAACGUCACCGAGGGCUACGUGGGCGACAUGGCCGUCAAUGCCACCCCCUGGAAUCGCACGUACCUCGAGGGGGGCCUCUGCCCAGUCAACGUGCACUGGCACUACGGAGCCGAGCACCUAUCCGUGGGCCAGUUCGACGAGGACGGCACGGGCAGGAACUUUUCGGAGGAGGACGAGGGCGGAGAAGAAGCGUCGAGGCGCCUGGCAGUAGCCCGCCUCGGCUUCCAGUGCCACUACUUCGACGAGGCCGACCCCAAGUUCACCACCGAGUACGACUGGGCGUACUGCGUCGGCAUGCACGUCGGCGAGACCUACGAGGUUCACUGGCCGCAUUCGGCCGCCGGCGCCUGCGGCACUCCGUUUCAGUACCAGACGCCCUUCUACGAUGGAGUCUUCUGCAGGGGGGCCUCGUACCUCGCUGGAGAACUUCAGAACAAGGUCGGGGUGCAGGCGCAAGUAUUCGUCAUCGUCAACGACGAGGACUACUUCUACCCCGACCUGAUGAGGGGCAUGAUCAUGGACGCCGACGGCGCCGAAGGCUUCGGCGCAGACAUUGCCUACUACACGGGCUCGACCACCGGCACGAGCCGCGACAACGAGAUAUGUUCUGCGUACAGCCCCAUCACUUGGCAGGUCGAUCGCAAGUGCCACCUUAUCUCGGCAUCAUCUUUCGACAAGAUGUGUGCGGAUAUGCUGCAGCAGAAGGACGACAUGACCGAUGACCUCCAUGCGCACGGGGCCCGUGAGCUCGUCAGUGACGAAUUGGCGGCCGACAACCUGCAGCGUUUGUAA